AUGGCGGGAAAAGUCUUGAGAGGAAAUAUCAAUCUGGCGCACAUCUGCGAAGACAAGGACUGCGGUUCCGAUGUUGAAGAUGGCCCAAACGAUUCGUUGCCCGUCACGUUGAGCCCAAAUUGGCGUAGCGGUUCUCUAACUUCGAUCUUGCACUGUUUUGAUAAAAUGGUGCAGGCCCAGGCAACUCAUCACCAAACAAUCAAAAACAACUUGUUGGUCUACGGUCGCUCUCAAAGACUCUUCAAGACUUUUACCGGGAUUAGGGGGGUCCCCAGGGGUUUGCCUCGCGAUUGCUAUGAAGAUGCGUGGUGGGCGAAAUUGAGUCCUUAUGAGCAGCAAACCAUCUCUCAAGCGUCCACGAUAGGCCUAGGUGACAUUGCUAAGAACCUCGAAAAGCACUGUCUUGGAACAACCAUAACAACUGGCACAAAUGCUCCAACGGGAAGCUCAACUCAGAACAACAAUAAGCGAAGAUUGGACGAGACGUCUCUGACUGGUGGGCAGGGUGAAGCAUCUCAGGAGGGUCCACGCACAACCACCGGAGAGACCAUGAAUGUUGAUUAG